AUGACAGCUCAUAAUAUUCUUGCGUCCCUUUUCCUUCCCAUCGCGCCCGACCGCCCGCCUCCUCCCCAACCCCAUUCGCAACCGCACCCGGCCACCCCACGGGACCUUGAACAUUGCGACGACCUCACCAGUGAAAAGAUCCCAAACCCAGACCUUACCGACCUGCUCAGCGGUCUCAUCCACGACAGCAUCGCAGCUGAGCUCGUCGCCCGCGACGAUGAACCUCUCCCCGGCGUCCAGCAAGCUCUGCACGCGGAGGCUUUCGUUCCGCCACCUGCCCUUUGCGCGCACCUCUUCAACCACGUCGGUGAGGAGUUCCUCGAUCAUAACUUUAAGGGCUACCACACAUGUAUCUUUGCGUACGGACAGACAGGCUCGGGCAAAAGUUACACCAUAAUGGGCACUCCGGACCAGCCGGGUCUGAUCCCGCGGACCUGCGAGGACUUGUUCCAGCGUAUCGAGGAGGCUCAGGAGGAGUCGCCGAACAUCCGCUAG